ACGUAGUCUUUCUUGCCUUUUCCUUCUACGUCAUGGCAUCUGCCUCUAGUUUCUCACAUGCUCUAGCCUUCUUCUUCUUCUUCUUCUUCUUCUUUGCUGCAGUAACCUCUGCUCAGCUAUCACCGACAUUCUAUGACACUUCAUGCCCCAAAGCCUUGUCUACCAUCCAGAGUGCUGUUAAGGCCGCUGUUGCCAAGGAGCGUCGCAUGGGGGCGUCGUUGCUCCGACUCCAUUUCCACGACUGCUUUGUUCAAGGCUGCGACGGUUCCGUGCUAUUGGAUGACACUUCCACAUUCACAGGGGAAAAGACGGCAGGGCCCAACAACAACUCCAUUAGAGGUUUCGACGUGAUCGACACCAUCAAAUCCCAAGUCGAAGCGGUCUGCAAGCAAACCGUGUCCUGUGCCGACAUCCUGGCUGUAGCUGCUCGUGAUUCAGUGGUUGCGCUAGGUGGCCCUUCAUGGACUGUGCAAUUAGGAAGGAGAGACUCCACGACGGCAAGCUUGAGCUUAGCGAACAGUGACAUCCCUUCCCCAAUUACCUCGGACCUCAGCGCCCUCAUCUCAGCCUUCUCCAAGAAGGGCCUCGCCACCUCCGACAUGGUAGCCCUCUCAGGUGCUCACACAAUUGGGCAGGCGAGGUGCACGUCGUUCCGGAAUCGGAUCUACAACGAGACCAACAUAGACUCCUCCUUCGCCACCUCGCUGCAGUCCAACUGCCCGGUCUCCGGCGGCGACAGCAACCUCGCACCCCUCGACGUCUCGACGCCGACCAUCUUUGAUAACUUCUACUACAGAAAUCUUCUGAACAAGAAGGGGCUCUUGCACUCGGAUCAGCAGCUCUUCAAUGGAGGUUCCACCGACUCCCAAGUCAGCUCGUACAGCACCAACUCUGCCAAGUUCUUCAGCGACUUCGCCAGUGCCAUGGUGAACAUGGGGAACAUCAGUCCUCUCACGGGUACCAGUGGGGAGAUCAGGAUCAGCUGUAGGAAAACUAAUUAAGAAAUGUGUCUCUUGUUUCUUGGUUAAUGGCGCACGUACGCUCCUUGUGUUCUUGAGCAAUUAUAUGAACUUAUUUUAUUAAAAUAAUAUAAAGGAACGAAGAUGUAGUUGUCGUC